AUGGCUGAGGCCUUUAAAGAACUGGCCAACGCGGUAAAUUCCCAAUGCCCAGAUGGAGAAGAAGAACCCCGGAUCGAAUUGGGUCCAUUCUCUUUGGCUUGUUCUCUCGUCUCCCCUCUGUUUCGCUGCCUUGGCAUAGCCUUCAAGUUCGCCGAACUCGAUUAUGUCGCUAAAGUGGAUGAUCUUGCUGAGGCAUCUAAAUCAAUAUCAACACUAGAAGUGAUGAUGGAUAAGGAUAUUGAAUCCAAUUGUGUAAGGACCGCUGGGAGCCAUACGAGGAAUCUUCUGAGAGUGAAGCGUGGGCUUGACAUGGUCAGGGUUUUGUUUGAACAAAUUGUUGCUUCAGAGGGAAAUUCAUUGAAGGAUCCAGCAUCAAAAGCUUAUGCACAAGUAUUUGCUCCAUACCAUGGCUGGGCUAUCAGGAAAGCAGUGGGUGCAGGAAUGUAUGCCAUUCCAACGAAGGCACAGCUACUGAAGAAACUAAAUGAAGAUGAAGCCUCGGCAAGAAUUCAAAUGCAAAACUACAUUGCCUCAUCGACCACUGUCAUUAUAUAUAUUGAUCAACUCUUCAACACAAGAAAGCUUGGCAUUAAUUGGUGA